GGCUAGAAAAGCCGGCAAGCGCUUACUAUAUACGCGCGCAUCUCUUUGUGUGUGUGCGCGCCGACCAUUUGUCACACGAAACCGAAUAUUUGCAAUUGAAGACCAAACUAAAACGGCAAAACUCAUUCAGUCGCGUUUUAGGAACAAAGCGAGCAACAAGCAAAUCAAAAGUGAAACGAAUAAGUGUAAAUGAAGAAAUAUUAAACAUCAAACUUUAGCAAAGUAUUUCGCGAGUUGUAAACGUUAGUAGUAACUAAAAAGGAAAACUUAGUGAACGCGGUAGCUGAGCUAAUAAGGGCUAGUGCACACGUUCACCCACAACAGCAAAUAUAGAUACUUAAGCGCCUCGUGCGAACAAUAACAAAAAUAACAGAAUAUUGAACACAAAAAUUGCAGAGUGGCAGCAGCAGAGGAGACAGCAUCAGCGCAAUUGCAAUGAUUGGAAAUUAUCAGGAAAACUUACUGAAACUACAAAGAAUAAAAUCGAAGGCAGCAACGUACAGUUUGGGCUGAAACACUGCCAAGUUGAGAACAUUCAAAGCGUUUUCACAUUUACGUGGAACGCGAAGGGUAAAAAGCCUAGUGGAAGUGAAAAGGCUACGGAAGCAAUUUUCAGAGCAAUCGGGCGCUUAGCAACAAACCGUUUCCUACAGCAGAGCGAUCACAUUACUUGAAUAGCAAAGCAAAGAACGCAAAUAGAAUACUACGAAGUAGACAGAGAACACUCACACAGCAAAACCGCUAAGCAACAUGCAAAUAGCACAAAAGCGCUGCCACUGGUCAGCAACAUUGAAAAUGCCACAACAACGGCAAAUAAGCUGGGCACUUCAGCAGCUGAUAAGCGUUACAUGUCACGUGCUAACGCUCAGCUUGCUGACGCCAAUGGCCCGUGGCGCAGCGCCGCGCCCGCUCUACACAGACAACAGUCAACCGAUGGCUAAUGAGAAACACCCACUUUGGGUGCACGUGAAUAAAACGUGUCUGGCGAGCACUUGCAAUAACACGCUCACCGAGCAGCACCUCGAACAGUUGGAGCGUAACAUCGAUUGGACGGUGAGUGCGUGUGAUGACUUUCACACGCACGCUUGUGGCAAGUGGAUGCCGCCAAGUGGACAACAGAGCACCGCAAGCAUGAUGCAGGUGGCGGAAGAAUCGUUGACAGCGCGUUACGUGGAACUAUUUGAGCGCUCUCUGAAUGAUAGGCAUGCGCAGAGGCGCGGUGCAGCGGCAGUGACGGCGGCGAUUACGAGAGCGGCACAACGACAGCAAGUGCGGCGUGCGCGUAGACAUGGAACACGCGCUGCCACGAAGCAUGAAGGCGCGACAGGAAGUGGCAGUGAAAAGCAGCUGGAAACAGCUUUAAAUGUAGAAGUGCCCAUAGAGACGUAUGACAUGACAACGGAAGCUGAAGAUUAUGAUCUAGUGCUUUCAAAGUUGUUACGAUACUAUCGCGUCUGUAAGCAAGCAGAGCGGCUAACUAUACGCGGCUACUAUGAUGAAAUACGCGCAGAAGGUCUUCUGCGGCCGCAAAAACGUCACUGGCAGGAAAUGCUGGCAAACUUUGCGCGCUAUGGUUACGGCGAACAAUUCGUAUUCUUUCGGGUGCGUCAACAGAAUGCCUCACAACAUGAUAUUACUGUGCUGCCGCAUGACACACAUAAGCGGCUUAAUUUAACAACGGAAAUAUACGAAGUGCUGCGUGCACAUACACAGAAGAGUCGCGCCGAGUUGGUAACGGAAUUUCGCGCACUGGAAACACAUGUCGAGGAUGUGGUGAACAACAUGUGCGCGGAGGAUGGCGUGGAGCAUAACAACACUGUGAGUAGCACAACUGCAAGGGUCGAACAACAUGCGAUUAACGACCAGCCUGCGAUACCCAUCAGCGCUGAGGAGGAUUGCGAUCUUACGGAAACACUAACAUUUGCUGAGCUGACGCAGCGCUGCGGAGAUGUUGAUUGGCAGCGCUUCAUAGCCGCACCGCUUGGUCGGCAUAUGCACGCGGCUGAUCCUAUACGUAUCGAUUCAGUCGCAACAGUUUGCAAGCUGGCGCGUUAUCACAAUCAACCACAACAUGCCCAUAUUAAUUUUCUCUACACGCUUGCACGUUUCCUCCGCUAUUUGGAGCAGCAGCAAUACAACCCAUUACGUUUAGGUAGCAGCGGCGCUACCUGUAUACGUCACAUGCGUAAAACGUUGCCUGUUGCUAUGACCUAUGUCUACGACCGCGCCUUUUAUGCGCCCGUGCGCGCUGAUAGCGAUCGCGUCAUUCUCUCGAUAUUCGCACAACUCAAAGCGGAAUUCGCGCGUACCAUAACUCUCAACCGCAUGCAGUUCGAUGCCGAUAUAGUGGAAUAUUUGCAGCAGAAGCUCUUAACGCUACGCAUAAAUCUAGGUAACUUGCCGCCCGCGGUUAACUCCUCAUUCUAUGUGGACCUCAUGUGGAAACUGAACGUUAGCAACAAUAACUUCUAUCGAAAUCACAUGCACGCUUUGGCUCAUACCUACGGUCACCUGCGUCGUUUGGCUUCCAGCGCUUCGAAAAAGCAUAGCCGCAGUGCUUGGUACACCUUCAAUUACCACGAGCCCACCUUCCCUGACAAUUUGGAUGCGACGCCCUACUAUUUCUGUCUAAGUAAUAUGAUAAUCGUGCCAUACGCUUACCUCCAAACGCCCUUCUACGAUCACCAGUUCUGGUCCAUACUACUAUAUGGUGAUCUCGCCAACACCUUAGGUCAUGAGCUCAUCCACAGCUUUGAUAGCUCAUUCCUCGAGUAUGACCACGUGGGCAACAUGAACGAACUCAUGAUGCAGCGUAUCUCAGCGAAUUCGAACUUCGCGCACAACACUCAGUGUCUGAGUCAAGGCACCAAAUUCCUAGCCGAGCGUAUUGCAGAUGUGAGCGGCACGCGGUUAGCGCUCAAUGCCUUCUUGCGUGAUCCACAAUUCGUGAAAACAAAUGGUCGCUUAUUUUUCCUGCAGUUCGCGCAAUUCUUCUGCAGCAACGCCGAUGAGGCGACCCAUCAGCUGCAGGAUCGCUGGCACGACACGGACGCAUUGCGCUUGAACUACACACUAUCGCAGAUGCCUGAAUUCAUGGAGGCCUUCAGUUGUCCGGCUCAAAGUCGCAUGAACGCGAUGCACCGCUGUGGCCUGUGGUAGUUAGGUAGGCUCAAGUGCGGGUAGGGUUUGGGAUCACUAUACAAAUAUAAUCUGAGCGGAAAAAUUAGUAUUAGUACAUAGAGUUUAUAAGUGAGUUAGAAUAAGCAAAUCUGUUAGCGCUAAGGUACUUAAAUGAUUUUACGCUGUAACUAGUUCAUAGUAUUUUUUGUAUCUAUUACCUUUAAAAAUAUUAUAAUAAUUAUAAUUUGUUUAAAUAUAUAUUUUUUGUAAGACUUAAAAUAUAAAUAACUUAUUAAGAUAAAUCGACCCAAAAUUUUGGACUUUUUAAAAAAUCAAACAAA